ACAGGCGUGCUCGAGGACACCCAUUCUCGAGGGAAAUACUGGCCGCCCCGUUGCCUGCCAGUUUUAAGGAGAUAAGAUUGAUCUUUGAUGGCUCGAGCGAUCCGGCGAGGCAUGUUCGAGCAUUUGAAAAUAUGUCCGUGUUGCACGGAUAUUCGGACCCGGUUAGUUGCAGAGCGUUCUUGUCGACCCUUCGGGGAGGUGCCCUUGAUUGGUUCCAUCAACUAGCCCCUGGGUCGAUCAAAGACUUCGAGGAUUUCGCAGGGCAACUCACCAACCAGUACGCGAGUGCAGUCGCACAGGAGAAGACAUAUCUUACUCUGAUGGCGAUGCGGCAGGGCGAGAAAGAGUCGCUACGAAAGUACGUGGCUCGAUACAAUCAGAUGUGCCUAAAAGUGCCCACAGCCGUCGACGAG